AUGGAAACACGAGACGUCAAGUUUAUGUUCAAUUAUGUUUCGAAGGUUGCCAAGCAUUUAAACUUGAGACCUGAGAUUGUGGCAUCCCGAGGGAUUAAAUUUGAUAAAAUACCAGCAAUGGUUGAGCAGCUACAAUCCCGAGAGGAAAAUAUCGAAGAUGCAAAGCAUUUGAAUUAUUUAAAAGAAAGUUUGUUCAUCUAUGAACUUCCGAUAUUCAAUCAUGAGGAUAUUUUGGCUGGAAAACACAAGAAUAUUGCACCAGUGGAAGAGAGUAAUGAAGAAGAGGUGGAAGAGGCUUCUCAUUCCAACAACGAAGAUGAAGCCAACCAACAUGAUAAUUCUAAUGAGGACGAUGUGAAUGAAUCGGAGACAACAGAAACGUCGGAACCUACUGAAGAACCUCCAUCAGAGAAACAACAAUCACAAGUGGAAAAAAUUAAAUCGAAAGACAAAAAGUCAAAAAAGAAGAAUAGAGAUGGUGAAGAUGAUGUAUUGUCGUCGAAAAAAAAGGAAAAAUCGAAAGGCAUUCAAAAACCUGAGAAAAUGAAGGAAAAGCUUCACAAAAAGAAAUAA